ACGGGGAAGGGGUCGCCGCGGCUGCCGCGGCUCCGGCUCUUCGAGGUGGCUGCUCCCCCGGGGGCUGGUAGGCAGGCGUCGAGUCGGCAGGGCGCGCGGCCGCGGUCCCCGGGUGAGCCGCUCGGCCGCGGCCAGGGGCGACAUGAGUGCCGCGGGGCUGCUGGCUCCGGCCCCGGCCCCGGCCGGAGCGCCGCCGGCCCCGGAGUACUACCCCGAGGAGGACGAAGAGCUGGAGAGCGCCGAGGACGACGAGCGCAGCUGCCGGGGCCGGGAGUCGGACGAAGACACUGAAGAUGCUAGUGAAACUGACCUGGCGAAGCACGAUGAAGAAGACUACGUAGAAAUGAAGGAACAGAUGUACCAGGAUAAACUGGCUUCUCUCAAGAGACAGCUGCAACAACUUCAGGAAGGUACAUUGCAGGAAUAUCAGAAGAGGAUGAAAAAACUCGAUCAGCAGUACAAAGAGAGGAUCCGAAAUGCAGAACUCUUCCUCCAGCUGGAAACUGAACAGGUGGAAAGAAACUACAUUAAAGAAAAGAAGGCUGCAGUGAAAGAAUUCGAAGACAAGAAGGUGGAGCUGAAAGAGAACUUGAUUGCUGAGUUGGAAGAGAAGAAGAAAAUGAUUGAAAAUGAAAAGCUGACGAUGGAGCUGACUGGAGAUUCUAUGGAAGUGAAACCCAUCAUGACCAGAAAGUUGCGGAGGCGACCAAAUGAUCCUGUCCCCAUCCCAGACAAGAGGAGAAAACCUGCUCCUGCCCAGCUAAACUAUUUGUUAACAGAUGAACAGAUCAUGGAGGAUCUGAGAACGUUAAAUAAGCUUAAGUCACCCAAGAGACCAGCAUCCCCGUCCUCUCCUGAACACUUGCCCGCCACACCAGCGGAGUCUCCAGCCCAGAGAUUUGAAGCUCGGAUAGAAGAUGGGAAACUGUACUAUGAUAAAAGAUGGUACCACAAGAGCCAAGCCAUCUAUCUGGAGUCAAAGGACAACCAGAAGCUGAGCUGUGUGAUCAGCUCUGUCGGAGCCAAUGAGAUCUGGGUGAGGAAGACCAGUGACAGCACCAAGAUGAGGAUCUACUUGGGCCAGCUUCAGCGCGGGCUCUUUGUGAUCCGCCGGAGGUCAGCGGCUUGACUUUCUACAGUGUUCUUCCCUUGACCUUUUUUCUGGAGUGGUUUUUGGUUUUGUUUUCUUCCAAAUAGAACGUUUUUAACCAGGGAAUUGCUCCCUUGGCCUUGGAAAAUGGGGAGCGGUGUUGUGGAUUCCGCGAGGCGCUUUGGUGGCAGCUGCUUCGGCCUUUGCGUUGCUCCUUCCUGCCUUGACCUCUUCCAGCCGCCGUCAAUCACCGUGAACUCUUCCUUUUGGGAGGAUCGGGAGUUUGACUUACUCGUUUCUUUAUUUUUUUGCUUAUACUUUUUUUUUUUUUUAAAGCCUUCUUUGAGUUUGAAGGAACUUUUUUUUUAAUUAAUUAUCUUUAGGUCUUUCUACCAGGAAGGGUUACAGUCUACACGGCAUUUUCAUGAACCUGAUUAGUGGAUCACGUAGGUCUUUCCGUUGUCGAGCCCAAUUCACUGUUUCCCCAGAAGCUUGGGGCAGAGGUCCUAGCAGAAGGAGAUUAAUUCUCCUGGCUCUCAGCCUUCUCUAAGAAAUAAAUGCCUCGUGUAACAUCUGGCAUAUGCCAUCCAUUCCACUGGCUGAGCGACAGAAAAAUUUGCCUGGGUGGCUACGUGCACUGAGUAAAUGGGGUUGGGGGAGGGGGCAUUUUCACGCUCCUAAUGUGCUGAAGGUACUGCAUUUUAAAUGUUACUUAACGCAACUGGUAUAUUCAAACACGAUUGUUCUAGCUCAAGCUGGAAUGAGUGGUUGUUUCAGAAGUUUUUAUUUCUAAUUGAUAUCUGUUCCCUGCUCCAUGUAGCUGGAGUGGCACUUGGCCCAGGCUGGUUAUCCAGGUCAUCCGUUGUAGGUGGGGAGUUGGUACUGACAGUGCAGUAAUCGGUGAUCCCUAAGCGCUCACCCAUAACCCAGUUUGCACCCUGGUUGCUGAUGCCGCUGUUGUUCGCUGACCAUUUCAAGCCCGUGGAGCCUUGUCGUCAGCACCCCCAGCCUCCCAGGAGGUCGGGUCCAGCCUGAAGACCAAGAAAGCUCUGCCGUGGCUGCCGCCAAACCUGCACUCUUCCCUAAUGAUUCCUGGUGAAACGGCCUUCCCUGUGCUCCCUGCUCUCUGCCCCUCAUUCCCAUCCUCGGAGGAGGGAUUCCCUGGUGGAUAGGGUUUUCGGGAUGGUAGCUGCCACCUUCGGAUAUUUGAGGAAUUUGGGGUUAGAGCAACUAACUGUUAGCAUCUCUCUGGGAAAUGCUUACUUCCACAUCCCAGCAUAUCUUUGUACCUAAUACCCCGGUCUCGGGUGAUUCUCCCUGCAUUGUCUCUUGAUGGACACACCCCAAAGCAAGUUGUGGGCCGUGAAAACCCAUGAAUCACCCUCUCUUGUAAGUCCUGGCUUCAACAGAGACCAGACCUUACUGACUCAGAGUAAAGAUUGUACAGAUUCAUUUUUGUUUUAAUUUAUAAUUCAUUUCUUUUUUCUCCCUGGAGUUGGAGUCUCAUUUACAAAACCGGGUAGAUGAUGCUUGUUUGUUUAGAGUCUGCUGGGUGUUCUGUGCUGCUUCUCUGCCCCCAGCCCCCCAUUGUGAUGUUUACUGUCAUGAACCAAGUCCAUAGUACACAGGUGCUUUGUCUUUUGUUCCUUUUUGACAGCCUUUGCUCUCCUGCUUGAAUUGUCACUGUGGUAUGUGUAACAUCCCAUAAUAUCGGGUAGCUGUUACCCUCUAGUGCCCUUGUGAUGGAAAUACAUUCAGAUAUAGUGUGUGUGGUCAUCGAAGUUUGGUUUUUUUUUUUUUUUGUGUAUUUGCCUUUGAAUGAUCGGCUCACGUGGCUGGCUAGCAGCACACUGGUGUGUGGUGUGUUGGAAAGGACUGUAUUCAAAACCACUGGGGAUUCAGCAUCGAAGCAACAAGUUGCCUUUAUCCCCCCCUUGUCUGGUGGCUCCGUUGGGCUUUUGUGAAGUAACUGUUUAUUUGAAGAGCACGGUACGGGCGCUCUGGCCUUGCCUCUUCUACAGAUUUGAGGGUGAUGAGGCAGUGCUCUGGCCUUGGCCACUUCACUGCCUUUUGCUUCUCCAUGUCCUCACAACCCUUCCUCGUAAUGUAGUGAAAAUGGGGGCAGAUGAGGAGUAGACCUGAGACACAGCACAGUCAAUCGUACUCUUAAUCCCAGAAGAUUUAUUUUUUUUAUUUCAUUACUCCAGAGAUGACAAGCCAGCAGUUCAGCCCCUCUGACGGGCAGAGUCCCCUUGUUAGGAGAUGGAGGUGCUUUGGAGAUGGGCAAAACAGACUUUGAGGUUCCUGGAGUAAGAAGGACUAGCUUGUAGCCCAGGUGGCCAUGCUUAUUCCAGAAGUUCUUUCUCUCUCCCCAAAUUCAAACUGUUUCUUGGAACUAACUCUUUGAAAAAGGUUGAUAUAGACAACUCUCACCAAGAACCUGCACUUGGGUUACUUGGAUCAAGAAUCUGUACGUGUAUUUUGUUUGAGGCACCGACUCAGUAUUAUACACAGUGUUUGCUA